AAUUUAGCCACCACCACUACAACAACAACAAACGAAGAUGUCCCCAUCGCAUCGCAUCACAUCGCCGUCUUCUCUCCUUCCUCGCGUCACUUGGUACUCGUGCGCCCUCCCUACUCCUGGAGUCGUUGCUACCUUCUUUCUCCAAUCUCGGGAAUCUCGUUCCCGGGAAGAUGCAGACGGUGGGGGGGGGGGGGGCGACGGCUUGGAAUGGCGACGGUGGCCGCGCUCGCGGUGGCGGCCUCCCUCCUGGGCCCCUCGGUCGCUUUCGUCAACAAGACCGUCUCCUCCCACGACAUCGUCAUCUUCUCCAAGUCGCACUGCUCCUGCGUUCGCCUCUCCCUUUUCCCUUUUUCUCUCUGCUACAAUAGCUCGAUGGAUCUCUUUGGUGACCGCGUCCUGAUGGACUGGAAGAACAUGCAAUGUUGUUUCUUGUUCUUGGUGUGGUCCUCCUGGCAAUCCUAAGUUCUGGAGCUCUUCUCGUUGUUGGGCAUCUGCCAAUGAGUCGAAAAUUAUUAUCUACGACAAGCAUAUUGUUCGUGCGGUGGGCUUCCACCUUCCUUACUCUGUGCUGUCGAAGGGCGAAAGCUGUCUUUAAGGAAUCGAAAAAAGCGCCUAAUGUUGUGGAGCUGGAUCAGUGUGAGGAUGGAUCUCAAAUUCAGGAUGCCUUGUCUGGGAUGGUCGGGAAGCAUAUAGUGCCUCAAGUAUUUAUCCAUGGAAAGCACUUGGGUGGCUCUGAUGAUACUGUUGAAGCAUCUGAAAGUGGAAGGAUUCUGACUCUUCUGGGCAUUGACUCAAGAUAAAUCUUUAAAUGAUUUAUCUCUCAUUCAUCAAUCAGUCAGGGUAUGGAUGAGUUAAAUCUUGUUGAUGGUGUAUCUGGAUAGUGUUGCAAACAGGUUUAGGUGUGAGUGCAUUUGUAAUGCUAAUAUUGGUCAGUAUCUUUGGAUGAUAUUUCUUGUGGUUAUCCUUUAACAUAUCAUGAUAGUGAAUAAACUAUGGAUUACUUGCA